GCAUCGUAAAAAAAGAAAAAAAAAAUAUAAAGAAAAUAAUUAAAACAUUUUUAAUCUUUGAAAGAAUGUAAUCGAAAAUCUCGUGAUUCGAUUUCAUCGUUGGAAUUGACGAGAAUAAUAAUAAUAAUAAUCUCUCAUUGUUCUUAUUGCGUUCGUUCGAUCGAACGUAGAAUUGAAAUCGAAUAAGAGCUUUUUUUUUUUUUUUUUUUUGUAAUAAAUUUUCUUCCCCAACUUUCGCUUUCUAUCGAAUCGGAUUAAACACGGACGAUUUGGGCAAAGUUUUCGUUGAUAAGAAUUUCAAAGAACGAACAACGUUUGAUUAUACGAGAUCAAAAUAUAACAAAAAAAAAAAAAGAGAGAGAAAUAAUAAUGGAAAUGAGAAAUGAACAUUUAUUGUUAAAGAGAACUAGAAAGAUUGAUAAUAAUCACCAUGAUGAAGAAGACUUAGGAAUAACUGCAAUUCAUCGAAGAAACCUAACACGAAUAUUUCUGAAACAUUUGAUCACCUGGACAGAGAAUUCCAUCGAUAGGAUUCCUAUUCGUGUGACAUUAUGCAACUUGGGCAUACUUGUGUUCCUCCUUGCAAUAAUUUUACCCAAAACAUUGACUUAUAUACUUUUGUAUCCGAUUUUCAGAUUAGGAUUUGGUACUUUAUAUCCCGCGUAUGCCUCCUACAAAGCUGUCCGCACGCAAAAUGUGAAAGAAUAUGUCAAAUGGAUGAUGUACUGGAUCGUAUUCGCUCUGUUCACUUGUGCAGAGACGUUCACUGACGUAUUUUUUAGUUUUUGGUUCCCAUUUUAUUAUGAGAUCAAGAUUAUUUUGGUGCUGUGGUUGUUGAGUCCAACUACUAAGGGCUCAAGUAUUUUAUAUCGACGCUUCGUACAUCCUGCAUUAACACGACACGAAGCUGAAAUAGACGAGGCCUUUGCACGUGCCACAGAACAAGGAUACAAAGCUGUCCUACAUCUAGGCACGAGGGGUGUCAAUUAUGCUACGACUGUGCUCAUGCAAACCGCUAUCAAGGGGGGCGGUGGAUUAGUUCAACAAUUGAGGAAGAGCUAUAGUUUGAGUGAUUUGACUGGUGGAAACAAUAUCGAAAAUAGAAGUUUACCAGAACCGCAAGACGAGACUGACAUGGAAGAGGAACCUCGCCGAAGAGAACACGUAGGAAGAAGAGGAUACAGUCCACGUAGGACUCAAUCCAGUACCAAUAGAGUAGAAAUGUACUUUUCUGAAGUAGAUGUCGAUAUGAUCCAGCCAAGACCUAGAGAACCAAUAGCUAGUUUAACUAAUAUCAGGUCCUCCGAUGAUAUAUCCAGCGGAUACAGUAGUGGCGAAGCACUGCAAUCUCAUCGAAUAGCAUCCCAAGGUGAUGCUUUAGUUAGAACAUCGAGUGUAGGAGCUAGGACACGUGCGAAGCCACGCUCGACAGCAAAAAAGACACCAGAGGAUGCUGGAGAGGAAUUCGAGUACGACGACCUUCUUCCAUCGCCAUUAACCCUCCUCACUCCUGAUCAACUUCAUCAACUUUUGUUAAUCCUGAAUAAGAACGAUGAUCAUCGAAAAAUUAGUAAGUCUGAUAACAACGAACAGUUAUUAGAUAAUUUCAAUGAAAGAGAAAAAUCUAAAUCAUCAUCAUCAUCAUCAUCUGAAGAGUCUGAGGUUUGGUUCGUACCGAAUUUAUUAUCAGAGACUGAUGAAGUCAUCGAUAAACAACCUCAGACUGAACUUUCGGAAAUAGAUAAGAACAACUUGGAGGAUUGUCAGAGAUCAAGUGAAAUCUUAACAAAACCAUCGAACGAAGAAUCAGAUCUUUCACAAAAAGAUAUGGAAAAUAAGGAGAAUAAUGAAAAGAACCAAGUUAUUAUAAAUUCUUUUCAAACAACUGACGCCAAUGUGGAUAUCAAUAAAAUCAUGGAUGAAAUUUGUAGAGAGAAACUAGACGAAUUGAAAGAACUUUUGAAUAAUGCACACAAGACCGUCACGAAGAAGAUAGUAUCAUCAGAGGAAAAAUUAAAUCAAAUUGAUAAAUUUAUCUCAGACAAAGCAGAAUCUUUAGGAAAUUUAGAAAAUAUUGAUUCCUUAAAAAUAUGGCCAACGACAAAUGUAACUCGAAGUAACUCGGAUUGCAAUGAUCGUGCUGGUAAAUAUAACAAGAAGCUGGCACCCAAAGCACCUAUUUUAACUCAAGACGAUGUCCUCUCAGAUAGCACUGAAUCUCAAAAUGCAUUGAAAGCAACCCUGGUAAUAAAAACUGGCAUGAUGAAGACCUUCUCAACUGUUAACAAUGCCAAAGACGUUUUUAUAGCUCAUGCAUCUCAAACAAAAAAUAAAAAAAAGAAACGAAACAAGGAAGGUAUCACCAAACUAUUAGCUAUACCAAAAAAUAUAUUUCACAGCACCUUUCACAAAACUUCAACCGGUUCGAAUAAAGACGAAGACUCCAGUUCAUCUGUUUCUGAAUAUAGCUCCAGAUCAAGAUCUGUCAGCGUUGGAUCUCAAGAUAUUACUACAACCAAGAUUGAUAACUAUCAAAAUGAUAUCAAUGAGAUUUCAAGUAAUCUUGAUAACAACAAAGUGGAUGAAAAUGAUUUUAAAAAAGAUUCUACUUCCAAUAACUGUAAUCAGGAUACUUCGUCUGAUAAAAUGAAAAAUACUGAUGCAAAAGUGACUUCAAUUAAACGUAUAUUGAUACCACAAAUGUCACGAUCACCUGGUGCCUCAAGGAAAGUUUACUUUAAUGAAGAUGCUAUCUAAAAAAUAAAACAAGAGAAAAAGAACAAAUAUAGAUCCUUAAUCCUAUCCUAUUUUUGUUGACUCUACAAUCACUUUAGAGUACUCUGGAACAUGGCAAGAACGAAGGGUUGGUCCAAUGUAAUUGUAUGAAAGAUUUCAGCAAAUUUCAUAACAUAUAACUAAUGUUUGUGUGUUAUGUAAAUUUAACACAUAAAACACAUUAACGUGUCCUACAUUUACGUUGCAUGUCGAUCAUUUUUUUCUAAAAAUUUGUGUGCAGUUAAUCCAUUGAAAAAAAAAAAGAAAGAACAAAAUGUUAAAUAGAUAACAGAAUGAUGGUCAUGC